AAUAUCCGCGACCUGGUCUAUGACACGGAAAUGGACCUUCUACGCCAAUCCGAAGAGCUCCUCCAGCAGCAGCAACACUCCAUGCAACUCCGA